AAAAAACUACUUGACAAAACUCAGUAUAAGAGAUCAUUCAGAAAUACACAGUUCUUCUGUUGUUACUUGCUCAUGUAUUAAAAAAAGAACCAAAAAAAAAAUCUUGUUUGAGAUCACCAGAUAUAAAUUAUACUUGUAAUAUGAAUAUAUUUCAAAUGAAACAUUUUAUAAUCAUGAGUAUAACUCGACUUUCAUUUUUAUAUAUUAAUAAAAUUUAUGUUUUAAUUUUUGUGGAAUUAUACAUAACACUUAUUGUACAAUGUAUACCUAUUCAAGAAUUGUAUAAAUUAUCGAACAAACACGCGAUUUCAACAGUGUUGAAUACCACUCAUAUUCAGAGUAAUAAUAAUAAUAACCAUAAUGAUAAUAAUUUGAAAGUGAAUAGUGGAUUUAGUGAAUUAUGGAAAGAGACAACAACUAUUCCCCCAGUGAUUGGACGUGUUAUCUGGUGUGUAAAUGAAUCGAAACAAAACUGGAGGCAUAUUGAUAAUCCUAUGCAUCAUCAUACUGAUAUGAAUAUUAGUAGUAGUAGUAGUAGUAAUAUGAAUAUACUGAGAAAUAAAAAAUUAAUUUUAUUAAAUUCUGGAAAAUUUAUAUGUCCUCAACCAAAUCAAAGUGAAGAUAUGAAAUAUUGUUGUGGACCAUUAGGCAAACAAACAUGCUGUAAAAUAACAGAUACGUAA